GAAUGUCCAUUCAGGCUUGCCGUAAUGUUCCUUUUUUGAAUGAGUUGAACCAUCUGUUCGGUUAAAACCAGCAAAAUAAGGCUUUUAUAUUUGGUUUCACUCUCCAUUAACGCUUCAUUAUGAACGUACAACCUUCAAAUCCCAAUAAUCCCAUUGUGUUUUUUGAUGUGACAAUCGGAGGACAGGAUGUUGGAAGAAUGAAGGUUGAGCUGUUUGCAGAUGUUGUUCCCAAGACUGCUGAGAAUUUUCGGCAGUUCUGUACAGGGGAGUUCAGGAAAGAUGGUGUUCCUAUUGGAUACAAAGGAUGCACGUUCCAUAGGGUUAUUAAAGACUUCAUGAUUCAAGGCGGCGACUUUGUAAAUGGAGAUGGCACAGGGAUCUGCAGCAUCUACAGAGGUCCAUUUGCAGAUGAAAACUUCAAACUGAAACAUUCUGCUCCAGGCUUACUGUCCAUGGCAAACAGUGGCCCAGGAACAAACGGCUGCCAGUUUUUCAUCACCUGCACAAAAUGUGACUGGUUAGACGGAAAGCACGUAGUGUUUGGCAAAGUUGUGGACGGCUUGCUCAUCAUGAGAAAAAUUGAGAACGUGCCUACAGGACCAAACAACAAACCCAAACUACCCAUCGUCAUCGCCCAGUGUGGAGAAAUGUGAUCCCCCCCAUCUUUCCUUAUUGUUCACAUGUACACAUCAGUUUAUUAUAUUCAUGUCACCUAAAAGAGAAAUGUUAAAAUCAAGAUUGUUUUCUGACAUUACUGUAAUUUACAUCAUCACUGUGCUCUACAGUAUCUUACUUACAAAUUCCGACACGAAUAACUGUGACGUGCGCCUAUAAGUUUAGAAAGAUGAUUUCACAAACAUGGUGAGAGAAAUACAGAAGACAAGUGUCUCCUGUUUCUCUUGAGGCAUAAGAAGAAUACUUUCAUUGUCCAUCUUUUGGAUCACUUUACAGUUAACUAUUCACAAUGUUGUCUGACUGCAUUCUCUGCCAAGUAUCCUGAAUAAAUUUCAGCUUUUUUUGUAAGAAAA